CCGUUCUAUGUUUUUAUCUUUCUGUGUGUGUGCGUGCGCUCUUCCUGAAGUAUUAGUGCUUUAGUAAAGAUGUACUACACACGUAUCUCCAUCUUUGGGACUAUCACCUUCAUUCCUUCUUCAUAACUACGAAGAAUGCCAGCCUUCAUUUCACAUUAUUUUUACAAACUGUCUCGUAUCGCUCCCUUCGCAUCGACAUAUUAUUUCUUUCCUGUCUUCCCUACGACAACGAUGUUUGAUGUUUCCCGAUUGCGAUGACAUACAGACUCUGUUUGAUGAUAACACUCCCGCAUGCUUCUCCUUUAGGAUUCCUACAAAUAAAUUUUCUCAUAAAACGACAUCCAUUGAAGACGAGUUAUUGAACAAACAUUCCACGUUGCCAUGACGGUUGCGGGCCGCAUCGAUGUGCAAUUCUCCUCCUCAUUAUUUUUACCCAUUAGGCAUGGAGUACAUCCUUGGUUUUAUUACCUUCUCACAGUGGCAGUUUAUUCAGUCGAUGUCAAGCUAUUUGUCAUCGUCUCCCGCUCACAAGCAGACGACUCUGUAUAUGUUACAUUUCUGUAGGAAAAUACCCUUCCUUCUUACCCGGGUAAUUUUUCUAGAAUAGUCUUGCCAUUAAUUAGCUUUCAACUUAUAAUGUAGGUGAGAUAGUUUUUUCCAGCUUUUGUCACCUCGAACGAAUGUCAUGUUGGCGGAAGUGUUUCAUGCUUGUCCGGAAGAUGACAGGCAAUCCAUCUUGUCUGGAUGUCUGUGAUUUCUACUCACGAAUAUUUCUACUUCCGCUGACAAGACUUUUCCAACCAGGUUGGGGUAAAGAGUUUCAUCUACUCAUCAGUCCUUUACCCCUAAGCUGAUCCCUACUUAACCUAAUCCGUAAUCCUAACCCAAUGUUAUCUUAUUUAGUAACUUUAUAUUUACACUUCUAAUCUAAUCAUCUGAAAGUAAACAAAAUAAUAACAACAACAUUUAGCUAUCUGGUAGGUAACCCAAACUAACAAGCAAAACAAAGAAAGACAACUCGUAUUUAUUUGAAUAACAAUUAACUAUUGUGAUUAGAAUCAAGCCCUAUGGCGUUAAAAAAAAAAAAAAAAAGAAAAGAGGACGAGGCACACAGCCAGGUCAUCGAUAUUGGGGAAUUGCAGGCCCUCCCACUACCACCGCAACAAUUAUCCCUCCGCUGCCUUGCUCGCCCCAGGGUGCGUAAUCUUGUGCAGCUAGCUGUAACCGAUAAAGGUGGGUCCUGUGGUUAUCAGUCUUUGUGAUUUACCGACACGUCACGUGACUAGAGGACAGAAAUAGAAGCGUGUGGCUUGUGAACAGCAACACGCUGACCUACCUGGUGAUAGUACAUCCGGCGGACACACCUGUAAUGAACUCCCGACUGGGUUCGUGAGACAAGAGAAGGAGGAGGAAGGUAUAAGUGUUCUAUGCCGAGCAAGCAGCUAAUUCCAUAUCACGGUAAUGCAGCCAGCCCUGUUAACAAAUGCUACAUGCAGAGAAAAAAAAAACAACAACAACACCAGCGUGCCCGAGACGAGAUCUGAACUCAGGACAGUCAAUCUUCAGAAUAUUGGUAACAGGCGGCAACCGCUGCGCCACCAGCCCGCUCUGACUAGAGAAGAGAUGAGGUUCAUGCCAGGGUAGUAUCGAAAACUUGUCAAUCAUCUAACAUCAGUCUUAUGUGUAAACUAUCAUUUGUAAACUGUAUUUAACAUAUUGCGCAGUCGUACACAUGACCACGGUAUGUUUGCCAAAACACAUUCAAAUCCCAAGAUCAUUCCUGUAUUCUGGCCAUGUUUUCUUCUUCCUUUUUCUUCUUCUUGUCUUCUCUCUUCUUCGCUUUUCUCCCAGAUACAGAAAGCUCAAUCUGCGCUGGAAAGAUUAAAAAGAGAGAGAGGAAGAGGGAAAACAUAAGAGAAAGAAAAGGAGAGGGAGAAAAAAACUAGAGGAGACACGAAAAAGAAUUAAGUGAGAAAGAGACAGAUACUCCAUUUCUGUUGUAAACAACAAAAGUAAACAAUAAUAAAAUAAUAAAAAAAAAGCAUUUGCCUUGUCCUUAACAUGGUUUCAAACGUCUUUUAAAAGGUUUAGAAAGCCAUCUUGCCCGGAGAUAGCACGAGGCUAAAUAAGCUGCCAUGUAACCCCUGCCAUGAAGCCCGGCUUAGAACGAUCCUUGAACUUUUACAACUUUCUCGCGAGCAUAAAGGAAAAGUCAAACAACAACGCCAACAAAUCCCGCCAAUGCAUCUUCCGAUUGCUUCAUCGAGCGUGUUGGAGACUCGCCGAGUGCAUCCACGCGGCCAGACGACGAGAAAAGCGAGGGGUGGGCUCUUAACCCUUGGACUGCCGCAGUCUCAACGGUGAUACUUGGCGCCACGGGUGCCGAGGAGAUGACCCAGGGGUUGAAAGGGUUAAUGCCGGACGGCGAUUGGUUCACAAAAAAAAAAAAAAGAAAAAAAAUCUUUAAAUACUUCUUUUGAAAAAAUGAGAAAGAGAAGGAGAAAGAAAGCUUGGGGUUUAGUGCUACAUGGCUUUUACAGCUGAUUCUGUCAUUCGAUUCGCCUCCUGCACAUUGGGAAGCAAGGACAUUAAACUGAAUUAAGAUGCGGCAGACCACACACAGUCCCUUUUGCUGUGGCUACCAGGUCUGAGAUUUAAAAAAACAAAAAACAAAAAACAAAAACAAAAAAAAAACAACAAAAAAAAAAAAAACAACCACCUGCUUACUCGUCUGUAAGCUUUCACGGAUGCUUUUAGCAAGUGUUUUAAAUUUUCCUUAUCAGGAAACACGUCCACAGGUUUCUCUCCACAUCUGAUUCUUUAUUUACAUAUUAUUUUCUUUCUUUCUUUUUUCCUAAUAUUUCUAAUGUGUCUAUCGAUUUUGUUAUUUCUUUUCCGACAUCUCCAUUUCGAGAGAGAAAUUCAAGCACACCAUUACUCAAACCUUUAACUCAAAGUCUUAAAAAUGUUUUGUAAAACAUGAUUCUCGAAUAUCUUCGGCUGAAUGUCCGAAAAUUUGUCGAUGAUUCUCCCCGCCACUGAUCUCCCGUGGUUCGAUGAACCUGGCUAUAAAAAGAUUGCUAAUGAACUUUGCCUCGUUUAAAAUGUCAGAAAUAAAUCAUAUCAUUGUGAGCUGCACACAAUGUCCACAAAACAGAAACAGCUUCCACAAACCACUAAAAUAUAAAUUGGCGGCAAAUUUCGCAUGCGCGGUGAAACAUAGCGCCUCGCGGUGCGCACGAAAAAGGUCAAUCUAUUUUUAGAGGGUCUUUCAUUUUUUCCUGCGUUCCCAUUGGCUGCAGCCUGGCAGCGCGUGGUAGGGGCCUCUUUGUGACCCUGUUCACGCUUAUCAGAUGCUGUGUGCGCGCGGCGGUGUGUACUUGGGCCCUUACGCGCCUUCCCACAGUUUCAAACAUUUUUAACACGACAGCCACUGCACCAGGACUGUCUUUGUGUGUGUAGGACCAGGAUGUUGACAUGGAUGCUUUACACAAAUGAGGAUGAGGAUGAUGAUUCCCGUGGUGACGACUGCUUGUAAAGGAAAGAACUUCUGAUAACGACUGUGUGGUGAAAGCUAUCCUCACCAUCACCUCACCACCACCCACCAUUCAUCCCCAGAUUUCGGGGUUCGUUUCGGAUCCGCCUCCCGGAGUAAAAUCGAAGCAGUCGUCUUUUUCACUUCUGUUCACCAUAGUGAAAAUCAUCAACCACCACGGUCGCGGUCGCUGCUGUCAUGAUGUCGACGAGGAAAGAGAAGCUCAUCACCGCCGGCUGCGCUAUCGUCUUCCUGGUCGUUGCUGUGGUUCUCAUCAUCGCUGGCUCCUUGUUGCCCAGGUGGGCGGCCGUGCGCAACACCACGGCGGAGGGCAAUGUCAGCUUCAGCCUGUGGACCAAGGAGGAGUGCUUCGGCAUCAUCUGCCACACCCAGAAGAUGAAUGUCAAGUGGACGACGGAGGAGUGCUGGAACGACCCCAGCGAUGGACAGCGGAAGUGUCAGGAGUUCAGUGGAUACAAAAUUCGCUCGGACACCAAGUGCUAUGAGGCUAAUUUCUGCAACAUCACCUGGACUAGCCAAGGGGACUUUGAUUCCGUGCCUUCCCUUGUGUUCGUGGCCAAGGCCUUCGAGACGCCAGCCAUCUUUUCGGCGCUUAUCUCCAUCAUCCUCUACAUCGUGAAGAUCAUCCUUCUCGUCAAGAAGCCGGAGUUCAAGCGGCUUCACCUCAAAGCCGCGUACCUCACCUUCGGAGCCAUAGCAGGUUUCGCCGCAGCAGUCGGUGUCAUCAUCUUCUGUGUGAUGCUGGACAAGGAUCGCUACGAGCUGAAGUGGGCCCCCUACCUCAACGGGGCGGGUGGCGGCCUGUACAUCCUGUUCGGGGCAGGUGGCUACCUCAGCUGGAGGAACCACGCGCAGGAGGAGUUCGAAGACGACCGCAGUGACUACGAGAAAGAGUUCGUCGACGCCAAGAACCACAGUCAUCAUCCGUUUUUGGACCGAAGCAUUUCCAAACAGUCCGCCAAGUCAGACGUGGUCUGACAGGAAGUGAUUUUGGCGUAAUCACGCCAGACCAAUAGGAAGAGGAGGAGGAGGAGGACAAAGGGAAAACGAACAGCUUCUGAGGGUUUCGCUGAUGUUAAAAGUUUGGAUCUGUCGAACGUUUGACCAAGUUUGGCAAAAUUAUAUGUGAACCUCUCGGAAAGGAAAAUGGUUGGGUGAGGUAACAUUUGAGACAUUGAAACACUGGUCCAACGUCUUCAGCCAAGUUCAAACCUGUUUGCCGAUACAUUGUCUGAAGUGUGACUGGGACUGGAGUAUUUCGGAUGGUUGCUGCUUGAGCGGUUUACCCGGUUAAGAAUGGAUAUAAGUACCUUGGCAUGUACAGUCAGAUUUACUGCAAGGACAUGGACGAUAAAACAAGGAUUCAACGACUACGUCAAGUGAUAUUUACUAGCAUGGUUUUUAAAAAAAAUAUAAUUUAGAAGACGUAGUCUUUGUUGUUUCACAUAGCGCUUGGCUAGAGUAGAGUAUAUAGAUGUUGGUCACGGUGUGCUUUCAGGGGAAGACAACUGCAAACGAAGUGAUGUUUCAGGUUGUGGAGUAUACCAGGCUUGCACACACAAAAAUAAACGGAAGUACCCGGCGGAGAAAAUAAGUUUCAACCAUUGAAUUCUACGCCAAGUUUCACAAUUAUCUCCCUCUGAAGUACAAGGACCAGAAAACUUACUUUUACUAAGGACCAGAUAAUUUUUUUUCUAAAAAAGUGUAGUGUAAAUAGCUUUAUUUGAAACGAAACAAAGAAAAUAAUUGUCAGUUUUUCUCUUCCUGUCUGCUGCAGGGGAAUUUUUGAAAAGACACAAGAAGGUUUUUGUGACAGGAGAUAACAGAUGCUUCCUGUGGAGGUUAGGGUUGCGAUACUGCAGCAGUGUCAAGGAUUUGUAACUUCUUCACUGGAGAGCUGGUAGGGGACAGUCAUCCCAAGACAUCCCAAUAUUUUUAUAUCAAAGAUUUGUUUUUCUUGACACGACCGCGUGGGUGAGAUAAAAUUUGAGAAGAGCUUUAUACACAAAAGCGUCGACAUGGACAAGGUAUUGGCUUGAAUAGCAAGAAAAGUGUGUUUGCGCAAAGAACAGCAGUGUGUGCGCACAAACGACACACGUGGACGCGCAAAGAUAAAUGUAACGGUACCGAGGGACCACGUGAUGCAUCAUUUCACAAAAACUCCUGUUUGUGUGUGUGUGGCGCGCAAAGACAGAAAGCUCUUAAAAUAGCGAACCAGUCAACUGCCAUCAUUCUUCGUUACUUUCAUUGCGCAUCGAAAUUUGUUUUGAAAGAUUUUUAUCGACAUCAUCAGCAUUUGAGCUUGGAAUUCUAACCAGCGUUACCUGUCCACAUGUUAUUGAGUACCUUUCUUGUGGGAGAGGAAUGAUUGUACAAUUUUUUUUUUUUAUUUUUUUUUUUUUUUCAAAGCUUUCUGUUAAAACCUGUUUUUUGUUCUUCAGAAGACUAUUUACUUCUUAAUGCUGACAGUUCAAUACACAUGACCGUCCUUUUUUGUUGUUUUUUUUUUCUCAAGUUGGUGAGAUACUAUUUGAACAGGCUAGCACACAGAUGUGUAGCGCCGACAUUAUGUUUGCAAUAUUCAAUCUUCUGUAUCUAGAUGAUUUUUGUUUUAUUUACCUAUAUUUCUCUGUCCUGAUUUUUGUAGCGAUCGACCUGUUAUGGAUUCGGUCGUGCAAUAUUGUUCCUGGACCAUGUGUGUGUGAGAGAGAGAGAGGUAAGGGUGAGGAUAGUUCUGUGUGAAUAAUUUCCAAGGUGUGGGAUCAGGGACCGCAGUAAACAAUAAACAUUGUUGAUAACAGCAUCGUCUUUCACUCUCGAGGACAAACACAAAACAUUUUAUCACGAAGCGUUUAGGGCUGCUUACAAUAUCCGGAUUUUUUUUUCUUUUUUCUUUUUUCCAUUUCAUGAUUAAGCAUCGGGAUUGAUGAUCGAGCACAGCGGGAAAGUUAUAAAUUAAUAUUUAAAGUGUAUUCUCGUGUAUCCAUCAAAGAAACAGCAAAAUAAUUUUAUUUACAAGCAGACAAGUUUUUGUUUUGUUUUUUUUUUCUUCUCUCCUUCUCAUAACAUCUACAACGAUGACAUCCUGCUGAAAAUCGGAGGCCAAACCUUUCCUAAUGACCACUUUACAUUCCAGCAGGGCUUUAUACUUGGUUGUUGGUGAUCUUCAUAUUGUUCGUUGUCGUUGACGAUGGAAGGAAUAUUUUUUGGGAUGGGGAUGUGGAGCAGAAGAGUGGAAAAAGCACUGAAACUAAAUGACAUCACUUAGGCACGGUAAUGAUCACUUCCGCCUUACAGCGCACUGUAACACAAGCGGCAGCACUGGGCGUUGCCUAGGCAACAGGCAGGGCAGACAGGAAAGUAGCAUUAUUGGUUGUCGCCCUGCUCACACUUGGACCGUCAAGUCACUCCUUUCAGAGUAUUGUGCCAAUUUGUUCUUUUCUCCCUCAUAUAUUUAUAUCACUUUUUAUCUUCCUCUCUCUCUCAUUUCCCGUUCUCUCCUUCACGCAGUUUUUCCUCCUUCUCCCUACGAAGUUUUAUUCGUUUAAUCAGUUUUUUUUUCUUUUUUCUCGAAAUGGAUCUGAUUGAAGUUUAUUUACUAUCUUUAGGGUUUGUUUCAAGCAACUGUUCAAACAAUUUUAUUCUCUUUCUUCUAGCAAUAUUUGUUUUGUUUUGUUUUUAACUUGCUUUUAUCUUUUUUCUUGCAUUGUCUUGUCUUUCCUCUUCCCUCUCUCCCCGACCUUUCUCGCUCUACCCUUGCCGUCCCAGACUCUGAGGAUAAUGAUGAUUAUUAUUAUUUUCAGUCUGCCCAUUGCUAUAGACGUGUUUAUUGCUGAAAAACAAAUGAAGAAAUAUAAUUUUGUAAGAAGUCGGACUAAUCCCAAGAUAGGAUUAUUUGUGGAAAUAUACUGUUGGAUUCCUUUGUUUUUAUGAGAGCUGUUAGAGCUAGGGGCUUUCGUUCUUUGUCACACAUGUUUCGGCGAUCGGUGUUUACUUUGUUAUUUUCGUUUGUUAUGUUAGAUUUUACAUUUGCAAUACCUGGUUUCCCUUUUUUUUUUUACUAUUAAAUAUUUUAUAAUUGUAAUCCAGUCUCGGAAUCCCUAGUAAGUAGGAGGAAGAAAACUAUAAAAUCAUGAUUCCUAUUCUCUCCUUGAGUCCCAGGUGGUCCUGUGGCGCAGCGGCUGGUGUUUGUCGCUAAUGCAGUGAAGAUUGGUUGUCCGGAGUUCAGAUCUCGUCUCGGGCAUGCUUUUGUUUUAGAUUUUGUUUCUUGUUUUUGUUUUGUUUUUUGUUUGUUUGUUUUGCCUUUGACGCCUGAUUUUAAGGCUGAAUGCCUUCCCGUGAUAUAGCCUUAGUUGCCUUAGUCUUAGUCCUCGAGUCCCCACUCUUUAACAUGGUUUCAGAAACGUAGGAAAGGCUUUCUUAUGGCAAUAACACCAUUUACUAUUGAUGACCUCGCCUUUCUCUCACAUUGUUAUUACAAAAUUUUAUUUUAUUUUCUGUUACGACCAGACUGAGACGCUAUACUUUGUGUAUUGUUCAUGUUGGUGUUGACGGCAGCAGCAGGCUGGACAGUGUGAGCAGACAACUCAUGUCACUAGAUCAUGUCGGGUGUUUUUCAUAUAUUUUUUGUGAGGGGAUGGGGUAUUGUAUUUGUUGAUCCUAGUCAAGCUAAACUUUAUGUUAGACUAUCCCAGCUAUCUGACACAUUAGUGUAGUGUCACGAUUUCCAUUCCUUUAUCACUGUUCCCCAGUCGUUGUCACUAUUCCACGCCUUUAUUUUCAGGCUGUUUUAUUUAAAUUCAUAUUUCUGCUAGACAUGGGUUUCUAAAUCAAAUAACAAUAUUGGUCCCGUUUUCAUUAUCUUCAUUAUUUGCACUGAAGAAUGCUUUAAAUUCUGUACAAAAGUUUAUAAAGCUAAAUCACUCCCAUGGGUCCAGCAGUCCUUUUUCAUCUGUUUAAUUUGUGUGUGUUGUUGUUUUCUGUUAUGUGGUAUUUGGCACUGACUGGAACAGCUUUACGUGAGGGACGUUUGCCGACCUCAGAGUGUCUUUCACUGACACCCAGCUCCAGGUGUUCCGGUUCUCAUGCAAAGACCUAUCUGCUGACCACUCAGUUUCUGAGCGAAAUCUUUCAAGAUACGUCCAUUUUGGCCAAUCGCAUAGCAUUUUCCUUUGUUUUGAAAAUCACGACUAGCACGAGGCAUGUUCACACGCGUCACUUCUCCAGGGCAACAGACCGACCAAUCAGACGUCAGCAUUUUAAGGGCCAUUCAGAUGUGUGGUCGAACUUUUUACAUUUUCCGUGAGGCAAGAAAAGAUUUUGGUGUCGAGGGUAUAAGGUGGUGUGACGUCACAUCGAGAGAGAUGAGCGUCGCUCACUACACCGUGAAUUUUGAAAGAACCAGCUGCAUGGGGGAUGGAACAUGUAGGACCAGUGGCCUUGUUUUUUAAGUGUUUUUUUUCAUAAAACAAACCGUAGGGGGUCAGUUUUGAUCUGCACAGUUUCUUUCAGCAUUAUCUUCCCCAGAUACUUACCUAUUGGACAACUACCUGUGUGUGUGUGUGAGAGAACGAGAGAGAGAGAGGGAGGGGAAAGAUAGUGUGUAGGUGUGUAGUUCUCCGCAGUCCCAUUAACUGACAAAGGCAUUUCACACUUACCUCGUUCUGUUUUUAUAAUUAACCUGACAUUGUGUAAUUUAUUAUUGUUAUUUUGCUCUGGUGAAGUGUGUGUUUAUCAUUCCUCGUUUAUCUUCAUUGUUUAUUUUAGAUAAUGUUUUCUUGUCUUAUGAACCAGACAUUAUAAUUGAACUUUGACCUGCCAUUUUUUUUGUUAGAUUGCCCCACGGGAACGUUUAGCGAAGAGUCAUUAAUUAGUAUAUAACUAUAACCAUUAUCACACACUUCAGUCUUAGCUUCUUGUCUCUAAUUUCUAAAUUGUCAUGUCUCUAAUUUUCUUUGGGUUUACAUUGUGUGCACGACCCAGAACCGCUUACAACGGCGUAAGGCAGAGACGAGUUAUUGCCAGUCUUUGUCUCCCCUUCUUCAUUAUCUCCCCUUGAAGCAAAGCCUAGUCAUUGCUUCUGACAUCAGUGUUUAGGACAAGGCUGAUAAACUUAUAAACGACUGCAGGAAUAUAUCAUUCGUACUAAUUAAUGCACAAUGAUAGUAAUAACACAAAUAUUGAUAACUUUGUAGUAUUAUGUCCACCUUCACAUUUUGAAAUUUGUUUUUUUUCUCUAUUCGCACAAGAGUACCUUUUGUUUAUUUAAAAAUAAGAUAUUAAAGAGACACAACAAUGACUAAAAUGACUUACAAAUCCACAACAACCCUCUUCCUGUUACCUUUGCCAACUAACCUCAGUUUCCUUCUCUUUAUUUUUCAAUAAGCUUUUUCUGUAUUCACUUGUUGACACUUUCUUGCUGUAGACUGUGUACUAUUAUGUUUAUAAUAAGUUGACACAUCAAAUGAGUUCUUAAACCACAUUCUUUGGCAGAUUAUUAUAUGACCGCCAUGCAACAGUGUGCCAAAAUGUGUCAGUUAGUGGACUAUGUGUCCAGUUGACAAGGUUCCUCUGGUCUCAGCUUGUGUUCUUGCUGACAUCUCUAGACAGGACCUUCUUGGCUGGCCACAUAUGACUAUGGCAAUAUUUUUAUAUGACUGUCAUGCAUGUGUGCACAAAACAUAUUUGACACUGUGUGUUUGGUUGAGGGAACCUUGUGGAGAGGAUGGUGUUUGAGGUGGUAGCCAGAGUAGCCGGAGUUGACAGUUGAGAUAGUAUCUAACAGAAUUAUUAUUAAUGUUGUUAAUCCUUUUUGUUACAGCGAUCACAGAGCUAUUGCUUCGUUUAUCGCGCAGGUAAAUUAAAGUUGUUUAUCAUGCGCAUAAAGUGGAGAAUUAUUUUGUUUAUCAUGCACAUAAACUGAGCAGUUGUCAUGUCUUGUAGGAAAUGACCAAAAAUGCAUUUUGAGUUGUCUACUGCAGACAUGUGUGGGUCCAGUGGCAAAUUGUAACAUGAUCAUCAUUGCUUUCAUUGUUCACAAAGCGAAAUUAAUGUUAUCAUCAAAUUAUUCACUGGUUCUUUUGUUUGUUUGUUUGUUUGUUUUCGGGGGGAGGGACAGUGAGGAAAUGCCACUGUUUACUCAGAAUACGAGCAGUAUAUGCUGUUGAAUGGCAUGUUAUGUAUAGCUGAGUGGUCAUUGGUACAUAGUGGGAACAUAUUGAUGUUUGGUCAGUUUUCAUCAACUUUUUUUUUUCUUAUGAAUAUGUGCGUUGUAUUUGUAAAGUAUGCGAACUGCAAAACACUAUACAAUCAUUAAAUUUUGUGUAAAGAUGAA